CGUGCGUGCGCGCAAGCAAAGCCAGACAGCAGGAAAGACGGCGCUCAAAACAACCUUUGGGCGUCUUUUAAGGAGAAUCGGCCGGUUGGGGUCGCGCAGUCUUGUGUUGACAUUGGCGACGUCCCGAGCCGCGUUCCUCGCUUCGGAUAAAAAAAAAAAAAAAAACAAGAGGAGGAAGACGGGAAAGCGAUGAUCUCCAUCAAUUUUGCCAGCUUUGCGCCUUGGGGGAGGGGCGACAUUUGACUGAUUCAUUUCUUUUCGGGCCAAAAAGUUUGAAAUGUCCCAGCCGUCCGCCGCGGAGAGCCCCGCGGGCGAGGAGGACAAGAGGUUCCCGCUGACCUACGUCGGCUGGUCGGCGCUGGACCGCCGCACCACGCUGCCCAUGCUGCCGUGGCUCGUGGCCGAGAUCCGGCGGAGGAGCGAGCGGGGCGACUGCGGCCCCGCCAUGCAGCCGCGGGAGGUGCAGCUGGUGCUCCACAGCCCCGUCCUCCGCUGCGUGCCCUGCUCCUCCUGCAGCCGCAGCUGUUCGGUGUUCAUCUUCGAGCACAAGGCGCAGCACAUCUCCCGUUUCAUGCACCACAGCAACGACCUCACCUACUUUGCCUACCUGCUGCGGGCCCACCCGGACGACCCCGAAGCGGAGAUGUCCUGUCACGUGUUCAAGGCCUGUGACCCCAACCAGGUGCCUGAGGUCAUCAGCAGUAUUCGCCAAGUGUCCAAAUCGGCCCUAAAGGAAGACACCAAACCAAAACAGGAAGCCGACGAGGCCUUCUACAACUCUCAGAAGUUUGAAGUUCUCUAUUGUGGCAAGGUGACGGUGGGGCACAAAAAAGCUUCGUCCACUCUCAUCGACGACUGCAUCGAGAAGUUUCACCAACACGAGGUCAAGCGGAAACGGCUUCUCAACGGCCAGCGCGGGUCCGUGGACAAGGUUCCUGUGGAGUUCACCAUCGGGGUGGGAGGAGAUCCGCUCUCCUCCGCUCUGAAUGAGAAGAACGAGGACGCCGAAGGUCUCGGAGAGGACGACGUGACCGAACGUGAGGGAGCGUCCGCCGGCGUGUCGGCCGGCGGCAGUCAGAGCAGCCUGAGGGGAGCGUUCCCCGAGUGCAUCCUGGAAGAUUCGGGCUUUCGGGAACCGCAGGAGUUCCGCACGCGCUGCAGCAGCCUGGCGGGAAGUCUGCAGAGGAAAGCCGGAGACGGCGUCGGGAUGGACCCCGCGCGACGCAGGCACGCUAGCGCGCCCAACCACGUUCAGCCGUCCGAUUCGGACAAAAACAGAACCAUGCUUUUCCAGGUUGGUCGUUUUGAAGUAAACCUCAUAAGUCCAGACAGCAAAACAGUGGUGCUGGAAAAAAACUUCAAAGACAUUUCAUCGUGCUGUCAGGCCAUCAAGCAAACGGAUCAUUUCGGAUUCAUCUGUCGCGACCAUUCGGAAUCCGGUCCCAGCCAGUACGUGUGCUUCGUUUUCCAGUGCGCUAGCGAGUCUCUGGUGGACGAGGUGAUGCUAACCUUGAAGCAGGCCUUCAGCACGGCCGCGUCCUUGCAGAGCAGUAAGACUCUGGUCCAGUUGUGCGAGGCCUGCCCCAUGCACGACCUGCACAAGCUCUGCGAACGCAUCGAAGGCCUUUACCCGCCCAGAGCAAAGCUGGCCAUCCAGAAAUAUCUCUCCCAGCUGGCUGACAACGAGCAAGUGGAGAUAUUCGAGCGAGUUCAGCGACUGAAGCCCGGUUCCGACCAAGAGGAGAACGAGCUGGUCGUCCUGCAUCUCAGGCAGCUGUGUGAAAGCAAGCAAAAGACCCACCGCCACAUUGGAGAGCCCCCGCAGAACGCCAACAACUCGGCGGGGGACGGCGCGGCCACGGGCGGCCGCUUCAAACUGGACAUCCUGAAGAACAAGGCUCGCUCGUCCCUCACCAGCUCGCUGGAGAACAUCCUGGCCAGGGGGGCCAGCCGGAUGCGAGGACGUCUGGGAAGCAUGGGCAGCUUUGACAAACAGGAUGAAGACUCCUCGGGCGUCUCGCCGCCGGCUUCCCCGCCUCCGUACCCGGACGACGACCCGGAAGCGGGCCAGCAGUUCCGCAGGCGCGCUCACACCUUCAGCCACCCGCCGGUGAAAAAGCGCAUCUCCUUCGAGGGCCAGACGGGCAACCUGGCCAAGCAGGCGCCGCUGCGCCGGCAGCGCUCGGCCACCUCGGAAGCGCUGCAAAGCAGUCCCGCGGCCGUGUCGAGAACGCGCAGCUUAUCGGAGAGCCGGUCCUUCAGCCUCCCCUCCUCCUCUUCCUCCUUCUCCGCUCCCACUUUCCUGAAGAGCAUUUACCAGGGCUCGCUGGGCUCCCUGAGCUCGCUGACGGACAGUGGGAGCAUCAAGAGCAACGGCGACGGCAGGAAGAGGACACUGUCGGGCUGCAGCAGCGACUCGCCGAGCGGCCCGCCGCCGAGCCCGCGCAGGGUCUCGUGGAGACAGAAGAUCUUCCUGAGGGUGGCGUCGCCCAUGGGCAAGACUUCCAUGCACCACUCAGAGCAGUCAGACGCCAGGGAGCUGUUGCCGCUGUCCCCCGGCGGCCCGGGCUCCGGCGCCGACCCUCCGAGUCGAGGAGGCGGCCGGCCCGAGAGGACGGCGGCCGACUACCGGGCGCUGUGGAAAACGGCCGUCCGCCAGCAGAUAUUGCUGCUGCGGAUGGAGAAGGAGAACCAGAGGCUGGAGGCGAGUCGCGACGAGCUGCACAUCCGCAAGAUGAAGCUGAGCUACCAGGAAGUGGGCCCCGACUCCCAAGAGGCGCAGGCGUUGUGGGAGAAAAAACUGACGGCACCGGGCAGAACCACGGUGCGGCAGGACCGGGACCAUCUGUACCGAGCGCUCUGCCGAGGUGUUCCCAAAAGCCGUCGCGGGGAGGUGUGGCUGCUGCUGUGCCAUCAGCACCGCUUGUGUCGCCGACAUCCUCUGCGCCGGCCGCCCGCCGACACGCCCUACGGGGAUCUGUUGAAGCAGCUCACCGCGCAGCAGCACGCCAUUCUGGUGGAUUUGGGUCGGACCUUCCCCAACUUGGAGUACUUCUCGGCCCAGCUGGGCGCUGGGCAGCUUUCCCUUUACAACCUGCUCAAAGCCUACUCUCUGCUGGACACUGAGGUGGGCUACUGCCAGGGCGUCAGCUUCGUAGCCGGCGUGCUGCUGCUGCACAUGAGCGAGGAGCAGGCCUUCGACACGCUCAAGUUCCUCAUGUACGACCUCGGCGUCCGGCGCCAGUACAAGCCCGACAUGGUCUCGCUGCAGAUCCAGAUGUACCAGCUCUCCAGACUUCUGCACGACUACCACCGCGACCUGUACGAUCACCUGGAGGAGUACGAAAUCUGCCCGAGUCUGUACGCGGCGCCGUGGUUCCUCACGCUCUUCGCCUCGCAGUUCCCGCUGGGCUUCGUGUCGCGCAUCUUCGACUUUCUGUUUGUCCAGGGCACGGAGGUCAUCUUCAAAGUGGCCCUGUGCCUGCUGAGCAGCCACCAGGGGGCGAUAGUGGAGUGCGACAGCUUCGAGAGCAUCGUGGACUACCUGAAGUCGACGCUUCCCAGCCUCACUCAGGCGCAGAUGGAGCAGAGCAUCGCCAAGGUGACGGAGAUGGACAUCUCCAAGCAGCUGCACGCGUACGAGGUGGAGUACCACGUGCUGCGGGACGAGGCGGCGGAGGGCGGCGCCGCGCCCGACGACUCGGAGCGCCUCGACAAGCUGGAGAAGACCAACGCGCAGCUCAAGAAGCAGAACAUGGAGCUGCUGGAGAAACUUCAGGCGGCGCGGCAGAAGAUCCAAACCCUAGAAAGCAACGUGGAGAACUUCCUGUCCCGCGAGAGCAAAAUGAAGCACGUGAUCCGCACGCUGGAGCAGGAGAAGGCGGCCCAGCGGAAGACGGCCGAGCGCAUGCGCGCGUGCCUCCCGCCCGACGCGCUCGGCGACGUGGAGAUGACCCACGUCAAGGCGGCGGCGGCGGCGGACGCCAAAGCCAAGAAGCCUUGAUGGCGAGCGGACGCGUGCAGGGCCUCGCCGUACGAUGUUUGUAGCAGGCCGUUUCUGGCGCACGCUGCGCUGCUGUGUUGGGACGACGGCACAGUGAAUCUCUCAAUUCAUUUGCCGCAGGAAAUCACGCAUAUUGAAAUAAUCCAGGCUCUGACUUAACCUUUAUUCACUGCACAAGGACUGUUUUAAGUCACAUUUUUAGAAUUCUCAAUUGUCGCACAAAGCGGUCAAAUAAUAGAGCAUAAAAGCUGCCGAAAAAGAGCCACCGUUAAUACUUUGAUUGGCGAUAUACUGACGCGUUGGCCUGGCAAGUGGUUACAGCGAUAAACAUUUUUUCUGAAGAUUUCUGUCGAAAAAAAAACAACGUUUCGACGGAGCCAAGGAGGAAACAUACAUCACAUAUUCACACUGAACUGAGCUCUCCUGUGGGAUGACGUCACUUUUCCAUGACGUUCUCCACAAAAAUGAAGCAAUGUCAUGUGGUGCUCAGGGUUCGAACGCCAACAUUUUGUGUCGUAAUUUGAAUUUAGAGGUUCCGCUGUUAACUAUUUGUACCUUUUCCACUUCCAGAAAAGGGUACAGGUAGGUUCCGGGGUACAAAGAAGAAGAAAAAAAAAAAAAAAAAAGGGAGGAGCUGCCCCAUUGACAAGCCAUUAUACAUCUGCACGUCCAAUAAUGUUCCUGUAGUGCAUGCAGCGUCGGCUGUCGUGUAAAAUCAAGAAGCACGGCAUCCAUUCAUCUCUUUUCGAGUGGAUUAUUAUUAUUAUUUUUUUUUUUAGUAACACUUUCAUUUCCUCUGAAUGGCUUUGCUUUCUAUUCACUAGAAGCUUUUGUUGUUGUUGAAUGUAUUUUUCUUCCAAAGAGUUUUUUUUUUUUUUUUUAUUUCCCCCCAUUUACAGAAAAGCAACUUGAACUUUCAGAGCAUCUCCUCCUCCUCUUGAGAAGGAAGUGUCGCUUUCAAAAGCUCAGACAGGAUGUGAGGUCGUCUGCCUCGUCGGUUUCCUGUGUGACUGACCGCAGAAUCGCCUCCACGGCGCAACGAAACAAAAUCAAACAAAACUUUUGAGGUGGCGCAUUUGAAGCCGAAUGUACUCUUUUGCUGCUUUGGUCAAAACCGAAUCUCUCGUUCUGCCCUUUUCAGGGAUGAGCAUAAAAACGCUUAAUGGAUUGUUACAAACUUGGUCAAUUUGUUGAUUGUUUAAAAGUCCAAAUUGCGUGCAGUACUUGCCUGCGACCAGCAGGGGCACCGUUGAGCCGCUCAAGCAGUUUGCCGUUUAAAGAAGAGAUUGACUUUAUUUUCUUGUAACCGACUUUUAUGGAAUGAUUAAGCCUUUUUCACAUGAAAGUUACAACUUUAUUGUCGUUUUCUACAGUAUUUUUCCAGUAUUUUCUCCCCUAAAAAAAAUAAAAAAAAAAAUAAUUUCUUUUUUUCUCAUAUUAGGACUUUUUCAUGAGUUUUCAUAACUUCUUUCUUGUCCAACGUUUCCCCCCCAUAAAGGACAUUCUCGUUAUGCCUUUUAAAAAAAGAAAAAGUGCACUGCUGAGCAAACGGGGGCUCUGCUGAUUCAGUAUCCACAAACAAAAACAGUUAAGAUAUUUUUUGCAUUUAAAAAAAAAAUGUAUUACGACUUCGGGAGCAAAUUAUAUUUUUGUCUUUCAAAAAAACAAAAACAUUUCGCAGAACUGCAUUUAUUUCCCUUGAAUUUGUUGUCUUAACAGUAUGACUUUUAAAAAAAAAAAAAAAAAAAAAAAGAAACUGAACUGACAGCAACCAGCAGAGGCGCUGUUGAGUCAGUCUUGACUGUCUAAAGAAGACCAACAUGACGUCAGCCGUGGCUUUCAUCCAAUGUCGAUUGUUGUAGUCGAUCUGACAUUCAGUGAGAGCGAGAGAGAGAGUUUCUUUUUCAAAAGUCACAAUGGAUGACUUGAUGAUGGCUCGUUUUGCCCGUAGACGUUUUUGUUUUGCCGCAGGUGCGUCGACGUCAUGUUGUUGCAGUGUGCAGAUGUAAAACCACAAGAGGAAGAACUUAAGUUUCCAUUUCACACAAGAGUUGUUGCUGCGUUUGUACUUUGGAAGCGCUCUUCCCUGGCUGCCUGGCUUUUGUUUCAAGCGUUUCUCAGUCCUGACUAGAACGAAACAUCGCCAAAAUGAAAGCACAUUUGAUUCGGCCUGCCAGCCUCCCCGUCCUUCUACAGAUUUGUUUCUUUGUAUUCUCAAUGUCAAAGUGCUCCGAAUGUGCUGUUUAGUGUUUUGGGGGAAUUUUUUGUGGGUGUUUGCGUGGAUUCUAUAGCACUUGGCGUUCUUUUGCAAAGCUCCAGCGUGCCACGUUCCGGUGCGACACGUUUAUCUCCACUUGGUGCUACGUGUGCCUCACAGAAAUUGUAAAUGAAAACCAACGUGUUGGGUUUGUUUUUGGAAAAUAAAACAUUUUUGUAUGUUC